UCAUUCGAAUCAUAUGAAGUGCAAGUUCCAAACGUCAUUCGAUUGAAAAGAGAAUGAGAGAGAAACAGAUGAGAAUUUGAGAGUGUAUCAACAGUCAGCGACAUCUAGUGCAAUAUAAUGGAAGCAAAAGUAUUUCCUUCUUUGAAAUUUUCAGUUUCAUUCUCAAAUGAAUGGCGUUGAGGGAAAUUUUAUUUGAAAAACUGGAAAAAAAUAUCGGAAAAAUUGUAAUUCAAAUCCAAAAUUAAAAACCAAACUUCAGUUUUACAAUUAAAUUCCUCGAAAAUGUUCUUGAAACGCUUCAUAAGUUUCAAUCGAAUCACAGCCGAAAUGACAUAUGGUUCAGUGCAUCGUUCAAUCCUGCGGCUCUAACUGUCAGAGCUACUACAAUAAUUUAUUUUCGGUUAUCGCCAAAGCGUUGGGCAUUUGUGUGUAUUUGUAUAGUGUUUGAGUAUCGGCAUCGGCAAUCAUUGUUUCCUCGUCGUCUCAACAGCUUAUUUCGAUUUAAAUGUGAAUGAAAGUGUUAUUUUCUGAAUUUUUUCCGUCAAAAUUGUGUUGUUUUAGUGUCCACUUAUAACGCACAAGGAAUACUUGGAAAAAGUGCAAAUACUGCCGAAAAAAUCGAUUUGUUUGUGGAAUUGUAUUGCUUGUGUGUUUGCUUGGGAGGCUUUGUUUCGAUAGAAUUUCAGCGUUACGGCCUUGCAGUGUUAGUAAUUCACGUUUGAGUUGUUCUUCGAUAGUUCCAUCGCAAGCAAAAGUUGUUGUGUGUAGCAGACGACGACGGAAAUCAGACGAGUGCAACAGCAAUUAAUACGCAGCAAAAUACAAAAUAGACGUUGGGCCUUACUUGGAUAGUGUGUUUUUUUUUUUCGUUGUUGUUUCAUUUUGUUUGAAAUUCAAGCAGACUUUGUAUUUUCAUUUUGUGUGUUGUGUUUUCAUUGAGUCGGUUCAACAGCGACAAUGUCAUCGGAUACCGCAAAGAAUUUUUCGAGCCUUGACACGGCCGGCUAUGUUGGAUUCGCCAAUUUGCCCAAUCAAGUGCACAGAAAAUCCGUAAAGAAAGGUUUCGAAUUCACACUGAUGGUCGUCGGUGAAUCGGGAUUGGGAAAAAGUACACUCGUUAACAGCUUGUUUUUGACGGAUUUGUACCCCGAACGUGUUGUUCCAGACUCAAUUGAAAAACAAAAGCAAACCGUCAAAUUGGACGCAUCAACGGUUGAGAUUGAAGAGCGUGGUGUUAAAUUGCGGUUGACUGUUGUUGAUACACCCGGUUUCGGCGAUGCCAUCGACAAUUCGAAUAGUUUUAGUGCAAUCUUAGAAUACAUUGACGAGCAAUAUGAACGUUUUUUGCGCGAUGAGAGCGGUUUGAAUCGUCGGAAUAUUGUUGAUAAUCGAAUUCAUUGCUGCUUUUACUUCAUCUCACCAUUUGGCCAUGGGUUGAAGCCAUUGGAUAUCGAAUUCAUGAAGAAGCUUCACAAUAAAGUAAACAUUGUGCCCGUCAUUGCAAAGGCUGACUGUUUAACAAAGAAGGAAAUGGAACGUUUGAAAGGUCGCAUUAUGAAGGAGAUUGAAAACAAUGGUAUUAAAAUCUAUCCGUUGCCCGAUUGUGAUAGCGACGAAGACGAGGAAUACAAGGAGCAAGUGCGUCAACUUAAAGAGGCGGUACCAUUUGCUGUGUGCGGUUCGACCACUGUACUCGAAGUGAAGGGCAAAAAGGUACGAGCCAGAAAUUACGGCUGGGGCACCAUAGAAAUAGAAAAUCCGGACCAUUGUGAUUUCAUCAAACUUCGAACCAUGCUAAUAACGCACAUGCAAGAUUUGCAAGAGGUCACACAGGAAGUCCACUAUGAAAACUAUCGUUCAGAACGUCUGGCCAAAGGCGUUAAGAAAAAUGGUGUUCCAAAUGGAACGGCAAACGGUAAAGAGGAACAUCCACCGGCACCGUUGAUCAUCUCGGACAAGGAUCGAAUUUUGCAAGAGAAAGAAGCUGAACUGCAGCGAAUGCAGGAAAUGUUGGCUCAAAUGCAAGCCAAAAUCGCACAAAAAUAAUGCCAUCGAACAUGCACAUAAUCAUAUUUUAUAUUGUAAAGUUAAUUCUAUGUAUUAUUACCAAAAUAACGUAACUUGACAAUUUUAACGUAUUCAAAAUUCUUUAAUAAUUCAGUUGUUUUCCGUUUUUUAACCGAUUGCGCAUAGAAUGUUUGGUUAUAACCGAGAACUAUAGUUCUAUCGUUCGCUCGCUCAUAUCGCGCUUUUUAUAUGAAUCCAUUGACAAACAGAUUUUUUGAUAUAUUGUAUUCGAUUUCAUUAGAAUGAAUCGCAAGUAUUUUUAAGUGACGAAAUAUUUUUUUUUCUCUCAGUAUUCGAAUCGCUACUUCAUUUUACAUGUGCAAAUGCUCCAAAGUAUUGAAUUCAGAGGUACACGUAUUAGGCAACACAUGCUUCCACUUUAUAUUAAUGCGAGCAAUCAUCAGCUUACUCCAUGCUGUAUCGUUUAGAUAUGACCCAUUCGAAUUUUAAGAUAAGAAGCCAUUGUUUUGCAAAAGAAGACGAAAAAGACUUGACGACAAAAAAAAUGUAUUUUUUAAUUCAUGCUUUUUUAUAGUCUUUUAUUCUCGAAUUUCCCGUAUCGUUUAAAAUUUGUAUUUUCUGAAGGCAUUUCAAUAUGUUAUCAUCUUAUAGAAACAUCUCUUUUUUUGUAUUUAGUCGUAAGAAUAAAUAACAGCAAAAAUUUGUAUACCAAAAUGGAGCGAAUGAUAAUAAUAAAAAAAAAUCUGAAAAUCUCCAAAAAAAAAAA